AUGCGUCAGAGCCCUGGGAACGCGCUGGAGUGGCUCUCUGGGAUCUACGGCAAUGGUGUCAGCACCGACUAUGCGCCAUCAGUCAAGGGCCGGGUCAAGAUCUCCAGGAACAAUGAGCAGAACUCACGGGCGGCUGUGACCCUGCUGGAGUGUGGGGGGGACCUCCAGUCCCCCGGGGGGUCCCUGCGCCUCCUCUGCCGAGGGUCCGGGUUCAGUUUUGGGAAUUUUGACAUGUACUGGAUCCGCCAGAGCCCCGGGCAGGGGCUGGAGUGGCUCGCAGGCAUCUACAGCAGUGGUUCCAGCACCGCAUAUGCGCCAUCGGUCAAGGGCCGGUUCACGAUCUCCAGGGACAACGGGCAGAGCUCGGUGACGCUGACCAUGAACAACCUCAAGGACGAGGAUUCCUCCACCUAUUUCUGUGCCAAGAGUGUUCGUGCUGGUGCUGGUGCUAAUACUGCGUAUGCUCUUGGCUCCUCCCCCAUGGCAGCCGUGACCCUGCUGGAGUGCGGGGGGCACCUCCAGCCCCCCGGGGGAUCCCUGCGCCUCCUCUGCCGAGGGUCUGGGUUCGAUUUUGGGAAAUUUGCAAUGGGCUGGAUCCGCCAGAGACCCGGGCAGGGGCUGGAAUUCAUCGCCAGCGUCAACAGUGAUGGUGGCAGCACCAGGUACGUGGAUUCAGUCCAGGGCCGGUUCACGAUCUCCAGGGAGAACGGGCAGAGCUCGGUGGCGCUGACCAUGAACAACCUCAAGGGCGAGGAUUCCGGAUCCUAUUUCUGUGCCAAAUCUUCUGGUGUUAGCACUGCUCUUACUGCUUUUGUUGGGCCGACAUUUGGGCACAGCGGGUGA